AAAACAACACAAAAGAAAAUAGAAAAUAUUGCACCGUCACUGAAAUGAAAAGGGACUUCUGACUGUCUGACUGCUUCAUUUAUUUCAUUUUUUAAAAAAAUACACAUCUAAUAUGGGUUCAAAAUGCUCGACAAUUCAGCUAGACGAAUCAGAUAUCGAGGAAAUACAAAAAGAAACUGGCUUUUCACCAAGUCAAAUCAAACGUUUGUAUAGUAGAUUUUCCAAUCUGGAUAAAGACAACAACGCCUUUCUCAGUCGAAAUGACCUACUUAGAAUUCCAGAGUUAGCAAUAAACCCCCUGGGGAGAAGAAUAAUUGACUCUUUUUUUGUUUCAACAGAAGAUGAAGGAAUAAACUUCAGUCAAUUUGUAGGAGUUCUUUCACGCUUCAGAAGAUGUGAGGAAAAGACACAGUGUCAACUCAACACACGUGAAAACAAAUUAAAAUAUGCAUUCAAAAUGUAUGAUAUCGACAAUACUGGUAUGAUUUCCAAACAAAACAUAGAACAUAUGUUAACUCUCAUGGUUGGUUCGAAUAAAUCCAGUGAACAGUUAACUGCGAUAGCUGAUCGUACAAUGCAAGAAGCAGACGAAGACAAGGAUGGAUACCUCUCUUAUGAAGAGUUCAGUAAGGCUAUGGAUAAAGUUGACUUCCAAUCAAAGAUGAGCAUACGUUUCUUAGCAUGAACAGGAUGUAAUCUUUCAAAUAUUUUUGUGUCUUAUUAUUUACAUUCGUUCCAGCAAAAACGAGGCUGACUCAUAAUGGAGAAAACAAGUAACAUUUCGUAUGACUGACGAGUCAUUCUACUUAUUGUCAUGCUGGAAUUUUCAUGUGAUGUUUUUGGUUUUACGAAAAUACAGCAAACUGCAGUGUAGUUAAAAGAUAAUUGAAUUUAAUCAAAUGUCUAUUUUGUUGCUAUAGCUGCGAGCAUUGUUUUUUAGUUCCGUGGUAAUUUAUAUUUGUAAUUUUUAUAUUUACGUUCAUCGUUUGUGGUAACGGCGUGCCUGCUUUUGUAAUCCAACAUCCGCAAUGCCAUCAUGACGGCACCAUUAACAACGCCGUCAACGAGUUUGACUGUUGAAACGCGUCAAUUUAAAGCGCCUUCUGUUUUUUGAAUUUUGUAACGUUCAACAAGUCUUACUUAUCCAUUUCUGUGGAACACGCCUUCGUGGAAACGUUUUAGAUUUCGUGAGAAAAAGUUUCCUAAUUUAUAAAACAUCAUAGAGGAGUAGUGUCAAUAAAAGAGUAACUUCUUUCCGCGAGCCUUAGCAAACUAUUUUUGUAUAGCGGUUAUUAUUACAGUAAGGUUUUGGUGCUGAGGUUUAUUCGUUGUUUAUUUAUAAAUUGUAUUAUAGUUUAAUUGCAAUAAAAAAAAUUUUUUAUGACGAAAAUUGUUUAAUGAA